CUUUCCCUCUAAUUGACCAGGGAGCAGAAGCAGCCGGGGAUGCGAGCAGCCACAGACGGAGAGAGAGAGACGGACGCAUGGGCUUAACAAAAAGGGAAACCCAGCCCUGUGCUCAAAUGGCUGAUCUAGAACUGUUUUACUUUGAUCACUCCGAUCCGAGAGACACCUCCCUGGUUUUAAAUAAGCACAGUAUCAGCGAGAUCAGCGGCGCAAAGUCACUUCAUCCCGGCGGAGGAGAUGGUUCAGCACCAUGGACAGAGACCCGGAGAGCUGCGCGGCCGGAGGAGGAAACAGAAACAUCUUUCACCUGCAAGCACCAAGAUGAUGAAGAAGAUGAUGAUGACCAUCUCAUUGGGACAAGUCCACAAACCUGCAGACUGAGUCAGAGCUCCUCAAGUGAACUAUAUGAGGAGGAGGUGGUGGUGGAGGAGGAGGAGGAGGACAUCCCGGAACUUUACUUGCUGUCCGACGACGACCUCUCCUCUGACGGCUCGGGGAAGUCUGUGGAUUACGGCUUCAUCAUCGCCGUGACAUGCCUGGUGACUGGCAUCUCUUUGGUCGCCAUAUCCUACACCGUCCCCAGGGACGUCCGGGUGGACCCGGACAGCGUGUCGGCCCGGGAGAUGGAGCGGCUGGAGAGGGAGAAAGCCAGGGUGGGGGCCCAUCUAGACCGGUGUGUCAUAGCGGGACUGUGCUUGCUCACCCUCGGGGGCGUGCUGCUCUCCACCCUGCUCAUGAUCUCCAUGUGGAAAGGGGAGAUGAUGAGAAGGAAAGCUUUUGCUUAUUCCAAACACGCAGCAAAGUUGUACGGCUCGAUCAAUUUGAGAGCAGGCUCCAGCCCGACUCGGGAAUCCUGCUCACAUUUGUCAGUGGCUGAUGAGGAUUUAGAAGUGCUCAGCUGAAUUUAUGGACGGGACAAGCGGAAAAUACUCAGAAAAGUGCUUAGGAAAUCCUACUAGUGCUGUCCUAUAAUCGGGGAUGUAGUGGGGGUUUAAUGCUCUUUUUAUUUCCAACAGCUGAGGCUACGUUUUUGGUUGAUGUCGACAUGUUUUAAAGGAUAGUUUCACUUUUGUCUCUCUCUGUCCUAAUACAAUACUCACAUGCCCUUAAGUACACUGACAGAGUUUUUCGUUGCUAUAAUUUUCCCCUCUGUCCAUAUUGGCCCUGAUAAGAUCCAGUCCUAAUCCAAUUCCAAUGUAAGUGACCUGGGACAAAAUCCACAGCCCUCUUUUGAGUCAAAAUGCAUUUUAAAGUGCAGCUGAAACUAAUAUGAGGGUUUAGCAUUUGGAUUUGCAGGAGUUCAGUGAAAAACAGAACUGUAAUAAUACAACACAAAGGGCUGCAUCAGUGGGGGUUUGUUGUUUCAGGUACCAAUGAAAAAUACAACCCAGAUCGGGUAACCAACACAUUCUUACUCCCAAAUAUUGACACUUGGUCAAUAGCCCUACAUGUCAAAUUAUAAUGCUCUGGUUAUUAAAAUAGCUUGAUUGACUUUUGGUUUUACACAACAAAAGAACAGCCAUCUCCCAGGUGAAAGUCUAGACACUGUGUGGACUUUCUUGCUCUUCAUACUAGAGCAUUAGUUCUGAGUGUCAAAAAAAGCUGCCGUCUGGUGGGUCUCAUAUCACUGCUUAAGGAUGCAUUGGUGCAUCAGUAUCUGAUGCUGAGGACCUCUGACCAAGCGUUGGUAUUUGACGUCUUGGGAGUAAAAUGAGGUUGGAGUAACAGAUUUAUGAGUUUGAAGGUUUAUCAGAUGCAGAUCCCUGCAGAGAGGUUUAUAAUGCUCAGAGACAGGAUUUUACAACACUGGAAGAUUAUCUCGGUCAUAAUUUAUCAUUUGUUGUGCCCAUUGUAAGGAAACAGUAGAAGUACACUCAUUAAUAUUUUUCUACGCAAGACGUAAGUCAGUCUGCAUGCGUCCUCAGUCAUGACAGUUACAGUCUUUUCAGUACAAGAUUUGGUACAAACACCAUCUGGGAAAACACAAGGAGGUAAUUUUGUUCUAAAAAUACUGUCAUUUUGGGAGAUACCAACUGAUAUGACUAACUCAGACUCCAAAAGCUUCAUGUUAACUUCAGAUAAAUGUAGAAAUACAUUACUUACACAGAAAGAGGACUGUGGCUUUUGUUCCGCAUCACUUACAUAUAUCUCUUCACAGCUAGUAUGGACAAGAGGAGCUGUUACAGCGACCCAACCUCUUGUUUGCACAAAUGAGCAUGUUAGUAUGGUAUUAAGAUUUUAAGCUACAUUCAGUUCAUGGUAAACCUCACAUGAUGAUGAACUGUACAAACUUAUUAGAAGUUUUUUUCUUUCAAAGGUAAAACAUGAAAUACGCUUUCUUGAAAUCUAUAUUUUGUUUACAUGGUUGGAUGGUGGUUUGCCUUAUGAUGAUCUCUGACCCAGCUUUUUGUUUACCCCAGCGUCACUGCUUCUAAUGAUGCUGCUACUUCAGUGAAUUUGUGUCUUUGUGCUGGUGCAGAAUCAUAUGUUUGAAGGCCUGUGUGUAUACUGUGGCUGCGAGGGAAAUCAAACCUGAACCGGGAGCGGUGUCAUUGUUAAUGCCUUCAUUUUCCACCUUGUUAGAAACAUUACUUCACAGAAUUGCAACUAACAAAGCUGUGCAGAUGUGGUUUACAAAAAAAAGAAAGAAAGAAAAAAACAACAACAAUUGCAUGAAAUUGUAUUGAACUCCAGAAAAAUUCUGUUUAAUAUAAUUGUGACAUUCUGAAGAGAUGCUUGGUGUUUGCUUGUUGAAACGCAAAUAGAAAUACCACAGGAGGUGUAAUUAGAUUUUGUGGUUGAGUACCGAUGUCGGGGAAGCUCAGUUUACGCCAAAUACACUCGGGGGUUUUGACUGCAGAUGUUCAAAAGCAUACACAGAGAGAGACAGGGAGAGACUCAACAAACCCCUGGGGGGGAAGCUCUCCUGGUAAUUGGUGUUAUACUUAAUUGCUCGUGGGAGGCUUGUGAAUCAGUGAAAAAAAAAAAUCCCAGAGCAUUUUAACAACUGCCUCAAUCAAGCUCACUUAACUUGCUUAUCAAAACCCAAAGCAUUCCAGCUGCAAUACUGGAGUGAAAUGUUGCAUUGCAUUCAAGGGGGUGGGAAGUAAUGGAUUGCCUGCUCUGACAGAAGAUGCUGUGAAUGAACAAUUGUAUCCCCUGCUUACGGUGUGCAGAGAGCUGUGCUGUGCAGCCUCUGUAAUUGGAAGUGCUUACGGCCAGCAGGAUCACAUUAUCCUCCACAUGACCUUCGCUCACUCCUGCCUCGUUAAUGUAAUUAAAUAGGUAGGAAUCGGCUGACCUCUUGAUGAAAUAUUAAGUUGAUUUCUAAUGCUAAUCCGCCCUCAUUUAAUGUCAUGGAAUAACAGUUUACAUCACAGGUGCCUGGUGUUUUCCUCUGCUUGUGUGAGAGGAAAAGUUAUUUUGUGAAGUGUUGAGAAUUACCCACUUCUCUCCAGCCUGACUCAUCUGCUUCAGUCAGUGAUUUCCUACAUUUCCCAGAUUGACUUUUUCAACAGCUGUCAGAGAGAACGGCUGUGAGCUUGUUGCAUUAAGCAUGUGGGAUUGGAGAGAGUGGUUUGGCAUAGUAAGAGCAGGAAAGUGGCUAACAUGAAAGUCAGACUUCUAACUCAAAACACAAUCUGCAGUGCACUCUGGCCUAUUGAGGUUACUGUCUGCAGGGAUACCAGUGUCCUCAGCUCUUGUUCAGAUUUCUCUCAGUUGAUGUUAAUUCAAAAUUAUUCAGUCCAGAGAGAAAAUGUUACUCUUCAGCUCUGAGGGAUUGACACCAACACUUGACAUUUACUGCUGAGGAGUUACAUAAUUGGAGAUUUGUCUGUAACCAUCAUGGAAAUGUCUAAUUUUGACAUCACGUUUAUGGGGAUUAGUGCCAACAUAAUUGCCCUGAAAAUAAAAUAAUGACUUUUUAACAAC